GAACAAGAGCAGGGGAGGGGCAGAGAGAGAGGGAGACAGAGAAUGCAUCCCAGCAGACUCUCCGCUGCCAGUGAAGAGCCUGAUGCGGGGCUUGAACUCAACUGUGAGAUCAUGACCUGAGUUGAAACCAAGAGUCAGAUACUUAACCCACUGAGCCACCCAGGUGCCCCACCUUAGGAGUUUCUCAUGUCACUUCACUUGAUUCAACACAUUUAAAUCAGCACAUGUUAUAGUUUGCAGUCAAGGAAAGGUGACUACAAGCCAUGAAUCUUGCUGACGUAUUACUGUGACUUAGGCUGGUUAUCCUCCAAAUGUAAAGAUCAUCUUUCUAUUCUAGAGAGCAAAAUUUACAUAUUUUGGGUUAUUGUGUAAAAUUUUGGAGUAUUUAUUAUUUGAGUUAUUUAUAAACAAUGGUUGGGAACUUAACAGAAGGUCCUUGUGAAUGUUGAGUCCAGAGCGAUAAGGGGGCUUUUGCCUUCAGAGACCACAUUAUCUGUGGAGGCAGGGUGUGCAGCAGAAUCUGACCACACGAAGUCACGUAAGUACCACUUGAAAUGGGGAUCUUGGUACUUGCUGUUCCCCUUGAAGGGCUUACCUCAAAUAAAGCUUACUUAAGGUUGGUUUUCAGUUGUCACCUCCAACUAUAAGCUUUCACCUGACCGUAUUUAAAAAUAGCAACAUCCCUUCCCCGCAUUUUUUACCCUCCUUCCCUGCUUUAUGGUCUCCAUAGCAUGUGUUGGCAUCUUGUUUUUCGUUCUCUCACUAUGGCAGGGAAUUUUUGCUGCUUUAUCUGCAUGGUCUAAAACAACUUGUGGCAUUUGAUAAAUGUUCACUAAGGAGUAUAUAAAUGAAUGGAUAGGGAAGACAUUUCACCACUGCUUAAACUUGGAAGGAACGCUAGGACCUAAGCCUCCAGGUUAGCUAGGAGAAAAAAGGCCUGAGGCAUCCCAGGUAGAGGGCAAAUUCAUGAAGAAUUUGCCUGCUGUACUGGAAGCCCCUAUUUUGUAUGAGCUUACUUUUUACUUGUUAUAAAGUCACUUUCAGAUACUUCAAAACUGUUGAUUUACAAGUUUAAGUAUCAAGAGCUAUUACCACUUGUGUAUAUUGUUGUGUGGCCCAUUGUAUCCAUACCUCCAUUGCGAUGUCAUCAAAUCAUCUCAGGUAAAGGACAGACAGCUCCAGCCAGCUUGUAACUUUACUAUUAUCAGGACAUUUAUGUCGCUUUUUCUUGCACAUUGAUUAGUAUGUUUUAUCCACCUUGGUUGUUACAAUGAAGAAUCAGGAUAAGAACUCAUGUUCCUGAGAUAAGUUAAUAAGUUGUUACCCCCUUCACCAUAGGGCCAUGGAAGAUGUUGAUAUUGGUAGUAGUUGUAUGUUCUGGACUGCAAAGGACAACGUGAGAGUUUUUUGAUUCGCUGACAACUGAAUGAGAAAAUGUCUUCCUUUUCUUUUUUCUACCAUGCCUUUGUAAGGAAGUGUGGAUUGGAAAGACAUGGACCAAUAUGUAGGAAACUCUUCAACAAAAAGCGUAAACCUUUCAAUUCCCUGAAACAAAGAUUACAGGGCACUGACAUUCUCAUUGUGAGAACAGCUCCUCAGUCCAAGCAUCAACCUGUGAGGAGAUCUAACUGGAGACAACAGCAUGAAGAUUUCAUUAAUGCAAUCCGUUCAGCCAAGCAGUCUACACUAGCCGUUAAAGAAGGCCGACCUCUCCCACCUCCACCUCCUCCAUCCAUCAACCCAGAUUAUAUUCAGUGCCCAUACUGUAUGAGGAGGUUUAAUGAAACCGCAGCCAGCCGGCAUAUUAAUUUCUGCAAGGAUCAGUCUUCUCGCCGAGUCUUUGAUCCAGCCCAGACAGCAGCCAAAAUGGCAUCCAGAGUGCAGGCUAGGGCUCAGAUGAGUCCAAAAAAAGAGCCAACUGUAACCAGUGCCGUGAGAGUGUUGCUGCAGAACAGGGCCCUGGGAUCCCCGACUGUGGUCCCAGCUAGGCCAGACGGUCCCCUCAUCAGCCUGCGUGGCUGUGUACCCAGGAAUGCCACCAAGGGGGGGCAAAGGCAGACAGCUGUUCCAUAAGCCCACGAUUCUUCUUGAGACGUCAUGUAGAACAAGUAAAAACCAGAUUCAGAUUUUCUUCUUCUUUACUCCCUUUAAAAUUUUCAAAACAGUAUCAUUAAACAACAUAUCAGCCUGCGUGAAA